UCUGGAAGCCACAUGUCAGCCGCAGCCGCAUAAAGCGGUCCGCCCAGCAGGCCCGGGACAUUCUCCCCCGAAGCCAGGCAGCAUGAGCCUCAGCCUUCUGUGGGUGCUUCUGCCCCUGGCCGCCGUGGCCUGGGGCCAGUAUGGUGACUACGGCUACCCGUACCAACAGUACCACGACUACAGUGACGACGGGUGGGUGAACCUGAACCGGCAGGGCUUCAGCUACCAGUGUCCCCACGGACAGGUGGUGGUGGCCGUGAGGAGCAUCUUCAGCAAGAAGGAAGGCUCCGACAGACAGUGGAACUACGCCUGCAUGCCCACGUCCCACAGCCUGGGGGAGCCCACCGAGUGCUGGUGGGAGGAAAUCAACAGGGCUGGCAUGGAAUGGUACCAGACGUGCUCCAACAACGGGCUGGUGGCCGGGUUCCAGAGCCGCUACUUCGAGUCGGUGCUGGAUCGGGAGUGGCAGUUUUACUGCUGCCGCUACAGCAAGAGGUGCCCGUAUUCCUGCUGGAUGACGACGGACUACCCCGGCCACUACGGGGAGGAUAUGGACAUGAUCUCCUACGAUUACGAUUACUACAUGCGAGGCGCAACCACCACUUUCUCGGCGGUGCAGAGGGACCGCCAGUGGAAGUUCAUCAUGUGCCGCAUGACCGACUACGACUGUGAAUUCGCGAACGUUUAGAGCCGCCGCAGCCAGAUGCGGGCGAAGGGAGGGGCCGGCGGGAGGGUGCCCCCCACGGUAGUCAGCUGGACCCUGCGUUCCCGCCCGCCCGCCUCUCCCUGAGCUGGUCAGCAGCCGCCACGCCAGCUUUCUAAGCCUUUCCGACGAGCAUCACACUUAUAAUCAAAGCCACAAUGAAACCACGAUCUCCUCUCCACACCGCUUCGCAGGACUGACGAGGGCUGACCCGCGGCCGCGUGUGCAGUGCGCGUGCCCACAGCCUGGACAGCAGCCGGGCGCACUGCCGCCGAGCCGUCGGGGCACAGGUUGGGGGGAGCGGAGCCCAGGGCAGACCGGGAGGUGGCCCGGAGGGUCCUCUGCGGCUGGAAGCCGGGGUCCUCGCCCAGGGCACACACCCCCCUUGAGGGGACGCGCUGGCCUGGAAGUCCAGUGCCUAUGUCCAGGGCGAGGAGACUGGGCAGAGAACUGGAAGCGGGAGGGGCUGGGCUGGGGGGAAAGGCAGGUCAGAGAGUCUCCCGGGUUGGAAGGAGGCUGUGGGCGCAGCCGGGCAUGCAAGGCGUGCAGGAGUCUGACUGCAUCCUGUCCAGUGAGCCGGGAGCGGGAAGAAAAGCCAGAGGCGUGGAGUCACGUUAGGACUGGGCCCCCUCGGGGGCAGGCGCGUGGCAGGCUGCUUUGGGAAGUGGGAGCGGGUUUGAGUCGCUGGCCCCUGGAGGCACGGCCAGCUCCCCUGGCCAGCUCCCCUGGGUUGGUCCUGGCUCUCUAGAUGGGAGAGGCUGCCCUGGGGGUCCACCCCCUCCUGCGUGCUGUUUACGGGUGUCUUUGACACAGGGGACACUCUCUCCCCUCCUGUGCUGUGUCUGUGCCCACCCCUUUGUACUCUCUUCAUUA